UUGAAACUGGCAUGAAACCUUGCACAUGCUAUGACUGGCAUGCCGCAUGCAGCAGCUAGCAACGAACCGGCCAUAUGAGCAACUCCAAAACCACAUGGAUCCAUUAGAAUUUUGGAUCUUUGUGUUUACUUACUUACCAGAGUACGGACAUUCAAAAUUUUCUUAGAAGCUUUGAUUUCAUCGUUCCCCUAGUUUUUUGACCCAAAACAGUUGUGGCAACACAAAACAAAAACAGCAUAAAUCCAAAACAAGCACACAAAUUAUAUAUACGUUCAAAUCCUUCCUUCAGGUUCAAGCAACCACGGAAACAAGGACCACAGAAACAAAGAAAGAAGAGUAAAAAAAAAAAAAAUCUGAUCGAGAUGGAGUUGAUGAUGGUGAAGAAUGAAGAAAACCGUGGGAGGCGCCGCCUGAGUGCAGCAGACCGCGAGGUUCAGGCAGCCCGGUGUGUCAAGAGAAGGAGACGAGACCCACCUGCAGUCACGGUUAGUUCUGACAACAACCAGAUUGAGCUACAGUUGCCUCAAAAGCCGGCUGAUCAAACUCCUGCUACCACCAUGAAGAGAAGCUCGAGAUUUCGUGGUGUCAGCAGGCAUCGAUGGACUGGUCGAUUCGAAGCUCACUUGUGGGAUAAGCUCUCUUGGAAUAUAACACAGAAGAAGAAAGGGAAACAAGUUUACCUUGGAGCUUAUGAUGAAGAAGAAUCUGCUGCAAGAGCAUAUGAUCUAGCUGCGCUUAAGUAUUGGGGAGCAUCGACCUUCACCAACUUCGCAAUAUCGGACUAUGAGAAAGAAAUCGAGAUCAUGCAAUCUGUGACGAAAGAAGAGUAUUUGGCCUCGUUAAGAAGAAAAAGCAGUGGAUUUUCAAGAGGUGUAUCGAAGUACAGAGGAGUUGCAAGGCACCAUCACAAUGGCAGAUGGGAAGCGAGAAUCGGACGAGUUUUCGGAAACAAGUACCUCUACCUUGGCACUUACGGUACGCAAGAGGAAGCAGCUCGGGCCUACGACAUUGCAGCGAUUGAGUACAGAGGAAUCAAUGCCGUCACCAAUUUUGACUUGAGUUCUUACAUAAGAUGGUUGAAGCCAAAAGCAGGCGACACCAUAGCCACUCAAGAACUAGAGGCAGUCACAGAGCCUCAGAAAAUGCCAUUCAUGGCCAACGGCUACAUCCCUGCUGACGAAACAUCCUUCCCACACACCAAUCCUUUUGCCUCUGACUACCUGAACUCUCCGCGGAACCAAGAAGUCACCCGAAGCAGCACCAAUCUUAACACCGGCAGCAAGUCAUCCUCUCCCACCGCGCUUGGCCUUCUUCUUCAAUCUUCAAUUUUCCGAGAGCUGGUUCAGAAGAACUCGAAUCUCUCCGAGGAUGACAGCACUGACGAUGAAGAACCAAAGAACCAACCGCAGGCUGGCAGCAACGAAGAGUAUGGUGGGAUCUUCCAUGCUGGAACCGGCGAAAACCCUUUUGUUUGCUCCUCCGGCACUGACGGCGACAAUCCAUGGAACAACAUCGCAAGCACGAUUUUGCUCAAUCAACCCACAAAGGCAAAUGCUUCGGACUCUCUAUUUUUCUUUUCUUAGAUGAAUGCCAAACAGAACAAGGACUCGUUCGUACGGGAAGAAAAUUUUGUAAAAACUGGCGCGUCAAAAGUACAUAGUUUGAGAUUGAUGCAGCAUAUCGAUGUAAAUUAGACACCUUAAUAACGUCAAGUAUAUGGUUUUGGGAAUGUAAUGUCUAUAAACUCUUUCGGAUUUGCGAUAAUUUCAUCUUGCCUUGCUUUGAAUUAUGCCUAAUCAUACGAAAACGAAAGAACCUUUCGAUUGAGGAAAGUCAUUCAAGCCUGCGUAGACAUGAAAUCGACAGGUACAAUCGUUCUUGCGCAAAAGUGAAGCACAAUUGUAAGUUUAACCAUUUGAUCUCUGUUUUCCAGUUCAUUUCUAUUCCGUUUCUGCACCAAACACUUCAUUCAAUUUUUUUUUUAGCCAACCGACUUCUGCAAUCCGUGGAACCAAGUGUUAGCUCGCAUCUGCUAUGGUCUCACACUGGGUUCCACAGAUCGUGUAUACCUGUGUUGUAUAAACGGUUCACAUGGAAGUCGGUCUAAAAGAACAACUAAGAAACAACGCCACCAUAAAAGUAACACGAA